CUUCCGUGCGAUGCGAUGGGUGACCCACCUCUUCUUCCUUUUUUUCCCUCUCCCUUCUCCCACUAAACGCGGUAAUCAAUUUUCCUAAUGGCUCUUCUUAUUGAUCAGCACGAACUGUCGUUGUGGAAGCGUCUUGUACACGGCAUUGAAAACAAUGACGCUGAGAAAGUUCGUCAAUCUCUAGACGAAGGCGAUCCUUCCGUGUUAUUUAGUCACACGCAAAACCAUGUCGUCCUGACAAAGCCAGGGAUGUUUGGUGAUGAACUUGAUCAUGUUAAUGCAUUGCAGCUCGCUAUUCUGAAAAACAAGGAGCUUAUUGCUUUAAUGAUCAUUGAAGCCGUGUGUAAAAAUCAAAGUACAAAAUCACCAUGCCUCAACCACCGUUGCGCAAAGGGAAACACCGCUCUUCAUUUCGCAGCAUUUCACAACAUGCAUGAAAUUAUAGUGAUGUUGUUAAAGGCAGGAGCCAAUCCAUAUAUAAGAAAUGAUCAGCGCUUGCGACCCUUGGAUUGCAGUCAUGAAGAAGAAACCGUUCUUGCUCUGACUAGUCAAGUCCGACCCUAUUCACCACCCGCUUCGUCGUUUUCGUCGGUUCUUUUACAAAAAGCUGCAGCUCGCCAACAGCCACCACAUACCCCUCCCGACAUCACGUCCACCAUCUCUCAAGAUUAUUUUGAUUCCCCUCCCAAAAGUACUCGUCCACGAUCCAAGGAUUCUUCCAUCUCCAUCCCCACUCCACCGCCUUCGCCAACAAGAACUUGCAACAACCCUACUCCUACUGUUGUAGAUAAUGGAACACGCAGAGCACGUUUCACGCUUCAAUCGGUCUUCAUUGAUAGCUGUAUGAAUGGAGAUAUUGACGCCGUUCAGGAUGCACUGAGUCGUGGGGCUAAAAUCAACGCCCGACAUGGUGCAAACGACAAGUCUCCGCUCAUGAUCGCUUUAGUGAACGAUCAAGAAAACGUAGCUCGCUUGUUGCUUUCUCGCCAAGAUAUCAAUAUAAAUUAUCAGGACAGUAAUGGUAAGGAACACCAAGAUUUUCUUUUGCACAGUGACAAGAGUGAGCUGGCUACUUUAUAUGGGAACAAUUUCUUAAAACAUAAAUGACAUUUGCAGGGUGGUCGGCUUUGCAUUACACUGCUGCCAUGGGCUUAUGGUCGCUUUUGAAUGACAUGGCUAUGAAAGAAGGAGUGGACUUGUAUAGUGUCAAUGGCAAUAAUGAAUUGAUUGAAGACUGUCCUGAGGAUAGAUUGGACCGAACAAAAUGCAAAGGUAGGCGGACGGGGGAUAGGCAACGGCUGAUU